AUGGCCGGUGCUGGAAUCUCUGUGUCAGCAAACCUGCCCGACUUCCGGUCCAAGGGCGGCCUCUACGAUCAGCUGCGUCAAACCACCAACAUCACCUCACCGGAGACCAUCUUCACCCGAGACUUCCUGAAGUCCAACCCGGAGCUGUUCUUCGAGGUCAUGCAGAAGCUCCGGGUCGAUCAUGUGAUGCCAACCCUUACCCACUUCUUCCUUCGGCUCCUCCAGGAUAAGGGUCUAUUACGGCGCCUCUAUACGCAGAAUAUUGAUAGUCUCGAGCGAAAGGCAGGCAUCCGUGAGGAACUGCUUAUCGAGUGCCACGGGACGACCGCCACGUCCAAGUGUCACGAAUGCCAGCAGGCAUACUCGAAAGAUCACUACUUUGACUGGGACCGGACGAACGGCGUGCCCAGAUGUGAGAGAUGUUCCGGCUUGACUCGCCCUGACAUCGUUCUCUUCGGCGAGGCGCUGCCUGAUAAAUUUCAGGAGAAGUCCCGCGAGGAGCUGCGGAAGGCCCCCGCUCGUGCUUGGCGUUUGUCUUCAGAACAUUAA